AUUUUUUUUCUUGAUAAUGAUUUAUGUUUUGCGUUUCUAAUUUUUUAAGUAAACCGACAAAAAAAUGUUCUGCAAAGUUGUUUAAAAUUUGUAAAAUACAAUAGAAAAGAAAUAUUUACUAUAAGUAUAAAACAACGUACUGUUAAUAUUUUUCAUUUCACAAAAAAUCAUUGUAAUUCGAUAAGGCAAAUCAAAAUAUAAAAUGUUCAGUUUCAGUAAUCUAUUGCGUUCCUUGCCGACCGUUGGUUCCGUGAUGCCUGUCCGAUACAGAGCUCGUAAGGGCACGAGAGAAAGAAAGGCCAAAAUACAUCAAAAAAACAAAGCGGCCAAUUUGGCAAAGGCUAGAAAAUAUAUACCCUUACUUAAAAAAAAGCAGUUGGGUAAAUCGAGUCGUACCAUCGAAAGAUUCUUUUGGCGAGUGCCUUCCGAUAAUGUUUACCACGGAAUGUUUUACCAAAUGCGUCGAUACAAUCUUGUAGACGCUAUUUUGGCUCACCGCGAACUCCAUCACCCGUCGAUGAUGAAUGUUCCUGACGCGCCGCUGAACAUUCGUUUGGAAAUUGACUUGGCGACCGAUAAAAAAAAUAAAUUUGUCAGCAAGUACAGUCAAAUCAUUGGUUUGCCGCAUCCAUACGACCACGGCGAAGACCGAACAAUAUUGGCGUUUUGUCAGAGCGCCGAAAUGAUGGAAGAAGCAAGAAGUGCAGGUGCAAUGUUAGUCGGCGGAAAAGACGUUAUUAAACAAAUAGAGAGGGGACUCAUAAUGUUACCAGAUUUUCAAUACGUGCUGGCGCAUCCUGAUAUUUUAACCGAAUUGUCCGCUAUACGAGGACUGUUAAGAAGACGUUAUCCUACCCUUCAAAACGGUGCAUUAACGCUCGAUUUGAUAGCCAUGAUCAAGCAUUACAUCAAAGGUGUGCGAUAUAAUAUGACAGUCGAUCCGUAUGACGAAGCAUUAGGAGUUGUGGAUAUGACAAUCGGCCAGAUUUCGGACGACAUCAAACAUUUAGAAGACAAUUUUAAAACUUUGUUCAAUGAUGUAAUGACAAAAGCGCCUAAAAGAAACGAACCGACGCCGUUUAUCACUCGAUGUUUGGCCCAGACUCCGUCGUCCAUUGAAAAGUUCAACAUCGACCUGUCUGCCUAUUCCGUAGACAAAGAAGACGACGAAACCGAUUCUGAUUCGGACGACGAAGAAGAAACCCAAAAGAAACAACGUGCCUGAUCAGAGCACUGUUUCUGUAAUAAUAAUGUUUAGUGUUUUGUUAUUUGAAAAUUGUCAUAAUUUAUAUAUAUAAAGAAAAAAUGUUUAGUUAGUCAAUAA